UCCACGCCCACGCGCACAGGAGGUAUCACUCACAGGAGUUGUUAAGCGCUUGUUGAACCCGUCUCGAGUCAGUCGCUACACUCCUCUGGGGAAAGAAAAUAUUUAUAUACUCGCUUGUCGAGACUUACUAUCAACAUGCCGAACAGAAACGAAUGGAUGCGCCUGUCCCUCCGCACGCCGGGCAUCUUUAUCUUCGGCCUGGUCAUGGCGCCCUGCGGCUGGGUGCUCAACCUGACCGCCACGGUGGCCCCCAACUGGAGGACAAUCGAGGACAUCCCGACCACGCCGAGCAACGAGUUCAUCGAGCAGGGCAUCUGGGACAUCUGUCGCUCCGUCACCACGUCCACGUCGUCCACAUGCGGCUUGGAGGACGGCGCGUACUUUGGUAACGAGAUCAUCGACGUGGCCCAAGGUCUCAUGGUGGCCUCGCUGGUGGUCACGCUGGUGGGCCUGGCCGUGGCCAUCCCUGGCGUCCGCUGCUGGAAAGAGAGGCCCAACUGGGUGGUGGCCGGCCUCGGAGGGUUGUUGAUCUUCAUCUCGGGGGUCUUCGCCAUCAUCCCCAUUUCGUGGUACACCCACAUCCUGGAAGACAUCAGCACGGUCACGCCUUUGGCCACCGUGCGCGUGGGCUACUGCAUCGUGCUGGGCUUCAUCGGGGGCAUCUUCGAGAUCUUGGGCGGGUUCGUCAUGUUCAUCGGCAUCUGUCGCUGCUGCGGGGGAAAGAACCGCGGCGAGGUGCGGGUGGAGGAAUCCGGGCGCAGUCGCUUCAGCGCGCGCCCGCAGCCGAGACGCGUGGAGGUGCCCUCCCUUAGCCGGGACCGAAGCCCCGCGCCCAGCAGCGUGCCGUACAUCAGGGACUCCAUGGACGACGACGUCUCCUUCCCCAGGGCCAAGAGCGCCGGUCCCCGUUCCAUCGACACCACGUACAGCGGGAGACCCUACGACGCGGACUUGUGAGGGGGGCACCGCUGCAAGAACAAACCGAGAGAAAGUCAAUUUAUUGCAGUGUUUCCCAAUCUUUGCUGAACCAUUCGAACAAAAAUUAAAAUAUACUUGCAUACACAAUUCUGCUUUAUCAAAGAUUAUAAACAUCACACUGGCAGGGAACAAACUAUUCUUUAUUUUUAACAUUAUAACUACCAGUAACCCUUUUUUAAGUCGAAAACUGCCUUGUUUUACUUUCGCAAGCUAAUUGGAGGUUAAAAAUGGCUAAGAGAUAUUAAAUAAGUUAUGUUUGGAGCCAAACUUGUUGCAGUAUUAAUGUGUUGUACCAUGCAGUGAAGGAGUCAUUUUAAUCGCCGUUUCCCGUUUUUAUAGCUUUUUGGAAUUACUUGUGCCAAAAAAAAAAAAAAAGCAGUGCAAUCAAAGGAAUCAAGAUUUUGUGAAGAAAAUUCCACCAGAUGAAGAAUUUUGGUCUUUUCCAUACUAAUUUGUACAGAUGGUAUUUUUCUGUCCAAUUACUAACAUGGGCAACGAACAAGCCUCAUUUGUGUUAUGUAAAUAUUUUUUUGCACUUUACAUCAAUGAAACCAAGUGAUAUGAUCAAUUAUGUUUCCACUGCAUCUUGUAAAAGUGCUUUAUUAAACUGUACAGUCUAUAGGC